UCCUCAACCAGACGUUAAUACGAGCUGGUAGCCAACAGAUAUCGCCGCCCCUCUUUCCGUCGUCCGGCCCCACCAACUGUGUCUACUCCGUUCCAUUCCGAUUCAGCAGUCAGAAGUGUUCCGCGUUGUAGUACGCAAAAAUAAAGCUGGAGAUCAACCCCCCCGAAAACCGGAAGAUCCAAUCAACGUGCGAACGAUAACGAAAGUGAGCAGUGCAAGUGACUAACGAGUCGGUAAAAGCAAACGAAUUAUUGUCAAUUGGCUGAGGGUGUGGCCUUCACGAAAAAAAAGCAAAAGUGCUGUUAGAAUUGCCGGUUGACCAGCGCGCAAAUUUCGUCGCCGACGUGCUCGCUAGUUUCCUGGUGACGGUCCGGGGUGUUAAUCGAAUUAGAAUUCACUCACGUCGUGCCAAGUUCCGGAGGUGGACGAUUCGCGUGUUUUGUUCUACGAUUUAAGGUGCAUCAUUUUCAAUUGUGUGUUGUUUUCGGGGUGCCCGAGUGGAUCAACCAGACGGAGCCACCAACCAGUAGUACAGGGAGUACGUGAUAACGGUCAGCGAUCGAUUCGUGUGAUUUGUGGAAGUCAGCACCUGAAGUUCACCUGAAGUGUGUGUGUGCUGGUGCAGUGGACGAUCAGUUUUUGAAAGUGAACGAACGAGGAGGUCCCCUGAGCUCGUAGUAAUCAUGUGGAAGUCCAUUGCUGGUGCGAUUGUGCUGCUGACGACGAUGAUCGCUGCACAAACUCCUCCACCGUAUAUUCUACAAUGCCGAAGAUCAGAUCCAGAACUCAACACCUGUCUGAAGGGUGCACUUCACCAUCUGAAACCCUACCUCGCUCAAGGCAUCCCUGAAAUUAAGAUGCCAUCGGUGGAACCAUUCGUUAUGGACCAGCUAUCGCUGCAACUGACCGGAGGACCACAGGGCUACAGGAUCAAUCUGAAGAACAUGCAAGUGUUUGGUGCUAGCAACUUCACCGUCAAGACCAUCAAGCUAAGCGAAGGAAACAAGCCCUUCGAGGCCAGACUGACCAUCCCGAAGCUGCUGAUACACGCUAAAUACACCUCCAGUGGAGUGCUGAUCAUCAUUCCAGCCAGCGGUGCCGGUGAUUUCGAUGCCGUAUUCGAUGGCGUUAUCGCCGACGUGCGUGGUCGUGUGUCUUUCAACGAGAAACCAAGCGGCUCCCAUAUGCAUAUAGAUUCUCUUGAUCUGAUUCUGUCAAUCAAAAAGCCACGACUAAGCGUUUCCAAGAUCUUCAACAACAACCGAAUUCUGACGGAAGCCACCAACCUGUUCCUGAAGGAGAACGGAGGUGAAGUGUUGAAAGCACUGCAGCCACAACUGCAGAAGAAACUGUCUGCCGAAUUCGCCGGCAUCUCGAACCAGCUGAUGGACAAUGUCCCUCUGCAUAACUUUAUCAUCGACUGAAAUGUGCUUCCUCGAACGGCGUGAACGGAAGAUGUGAUAUGAUUUCAGUCUACUACAUUCGCAAGCUAUCAAGUUACAAGUGCGCAGUGUCUAAAAUUUGACUUAAUUCGAAGGGGUAAAAGACGUGUGUUUUCAAUGGAAUCAAACCCGCUGCCCUCUCAUUCCCAGUCAAAUAUUUCACACUGUGUCCGUUAAGCUUUACCUGCACUUUUUUCUAUGUACGAUAAUCUUGGUACAUCAUCGUUUCACCUCCCAUGAACGAACAAAUCAUGUAAAUUCUUGCCUCUCUCAUGUUUCGUACACUUUGUGGUUCCGCCAAGGACCAACAGAAACGGUACCUAAUUGAAAUAAUCAACAAUUGUUCUAUGAAGAAGGUGCUCAUACCGUUUGUAGAAUAGGAUAGGAAAUAAUCAGCUGUGCUGAUUUGUGGAGAGGAAUAUUGCAAAUUAUUGUUUCUUAUUGUACAAAUUAUUAUAUAGUAAGGUACGACCAAUCUUUAAAAAAUAAAAAGAAAAUUAUAAAAAUCCUCA